AGGCCGCGAUUCAGUAAUUUCUUGAGCGUUUAAGAAACAAUUAUUUAGCUGAUAUAAUGUCCGAGAUACGGAAGCCGUUGGUAGCGAGGAGAAAGGGCUCAAACUCAAGCCUGACCUCACUGCGAUCAAACGUUUCUUUUUCUGAUAACGUGAGGCGCGAAACGACGACCAAAUUCGAUAAUUUUAUGAAGGAGUGCAGAGCAGCCUAUUUAUCUGUGCUGCCAAGCACGAGCGAGAAGAUUACCUCGACAGAAGAGUUGAUGCAAGCGCUACAGUUUGGAGGUAGAAAUCCCUCGAGAAAAGUCAUGGAAAAAUAUUGGAAAACAAAUACAGACAAUAUAACCUACAAUGAUUUUUGUGACAUCAUGAGAAAAGAGAGACCAACUUCCAAGGAAACUCUUCUAAAAGCUUUCAAGAAAAUAGAUGUUAAUGGUGAUGGUUUUAUUACCUUCGACGAACUGUUUAAAAUGCUGACAACAAAAGGCGAAAGAAUGACCAAGUCUGAAGUGCAAUCUAUUCUUGACGAGGCAGACUAUAAUCACGAUGGCAAACUGGAUUAUAACGAGUUCUGCAAUAUGAUAAUGUCAACCUCUGAAAGCUGUGUCCAAAAAAGCAUGGACAAGUUUGGUUUGUCUGAGCAAGAAAAGAAGUCAUCUUCUUCGUCUUCUUCAAGUCGAAAAGGGUUAAAGUCUGAAAACCGCAUCGCCUCUAGCCCUUUAUCAAAAGAAAACUCCCCAAGGAAGGAACAAAACACAGAUAUCGAAGAACCUCGAAAUUUAAAGAGUUGGUCAAAUUCCCAGAGCAAAGGAAGCUUCUUUGUUGAGCAAGGAGGCGGUAUCUCCAGCCAUCACUACACUCUUGUUAUUCCAAAAGAUACCCAGUUAUGGCUUACAAUUCAGUCAAUGCCUUCAAAAUCUGCGACUACAGACCUCCGCUUGGUGGACAUGUGUGUCUUUAUUGUGGAAAAGAAUUCUGGAGAACUAGUUACCUUCACUGAGUCGAGGCUGGGCCAGAAAUAUUGUGUGCAGUGUCAGCUAAAUAGAGGCAAAUACCAGCUUCUGACCUUCACUACUGGUUGUCGUCUCCUGCCCAGGAAGUAUGAGCCCACCAAACAGGCCAAGCUUGUCCAGGGUACAGGUGAAGACAUGAAGCUCACUAGCACAUUCCGGAAUGCGCUAACUGAAGUAUUCACGCGGUCAGAUCUGGAUGGUGAUGGGUACCUAAGCCGCACCGAGUUUGAUCUGUUUCAAAGCAGGACUAGCGGAGAACCAUGUGAUGAUGAGGCCUGGGAAGUAAUGAGGGAAAACUUUGAGAUGAACGAAGCUGAGCAAAUUACACUUUCCGGCUUCCUUGAGCUGAACCUGAUGGAGGCGAAGGAUGCGGAUGGUGACCCCGAUGACUUGUGGGUAACCAUGGAGAGCAUGGGCUACAACAAGUCUCUCGAGCUGGACCAGGCAUGUUCUUUCUACCUCGAUGUCUUUGUGCGGAACUGUGAACCCAAGCUUACAGUGACAGGCGUUGAGGGAGACUCUGAGGAUCUAGAGAAGGCUCUGAUGACGUCAGUCAUGAGAUCAUCAGCCACACAUAGGGAGAACGUCAAGGGAAUGAGGGACUUGAUCUUGUAUCGCUACGACAGCAACGUGCGAACUACCAUCAUGAUUGAAAACCAGUCGUACACGGACGUGAAAGUGCGGGUUGACUGUGGUAAAAGCAAGAACUGCAUCAGCCAUCGUGACGAGCUUGAUUACGUCAUCGACAUUAAAUCGGGAAAAAGACAGGUUGUACAUCACAUAGUCCCAAGCGAUCCGAAGAAAGACUGGAACGUUAGAUAUGCAGUGACGAUAGAGAAAUAAGAAAUAGACAUUACUGUGGUUUACGUAAUGACUGUGUGAAAAUACCUACUUUAAUCUAUUGAGUCCUUCAUGUAAAUAAAAUGGACACGUAGGCCAGUUGUACUAAAUAAAAUAUUUCCUUAAACAG